AAAUCAACUGCGCACCUUCGCUGCUUCACAACUUCCGCCCAAGGAGAAGACAGCGCUUGAGAAAAACAGUUCUCUUGUAAGGCACCGUGAAAAGUAUGAAGUUGGCUCUGGUGUUGUUGGUGGCGGCGGCGAUGGUGUGGGGAGCGGACGGCUGGAUCUGGGGGACCCGGUACCGUCGACGUCCCUCCGGCCGCUGUUCGUGGCCCAGCACUGGGACCGGGGUUGAUUUUAGCGACUGUUGGUGGCCGUUCAGCAACGGAGAAACCUGCAACUUCGAGUGCGAGGAGAAUUUCGAGAGGGUUUCCGGGAGCACCAAUCGGACCUGCGAGAGUGGCUCCUGGUCUGGAGAAGCCCUCGUCUGCCGACGGACCUCGGGCUGCUCCUCGCCCCCCUACCCGUCCGGAGCCUGGCGGAGAGACUGUUCCUGGCCGUACACGGAGGGAGAGGUCUGCACCUACACCUGCUUCUCCGGGUUCGAACACACCUCCGGCAACACCACCAGGACCUGCUCGGGCGGCCAGUGGACCGGCGACCCGAUCGUCUGUGAGCGAACCUCCGCGGUGUGUCCCAACCCUCCGACUGGGUUCGGCGCUAUGCAGACGGGCUGCGGCUGGCCGUACGAGGAGGGGGAGACCUGUGAGUUCGUGUGUCGGGACGGCUACAGGAGGACAUCUGGCGACACCAGCAGAAACUGCAACGGCGGCACCUGGACCGGAGAAACGCUGGUCUGCGAGUACACCGGGUGCGGGCGGCUGCCGUACAGCCCGGGUGCCUGGCGGACGGGAUGUUAUUGGCCCUACACGGACGGGGAGAACUGUACUUUCUACUGUGGGGAGGGGUACAUUGAGGUGUCCGGAAACUACACUGUCACCUGUCAGGACGGAACCUGGUCCGGAACACCGCUCACCUGCGAGUACACUGGAUGCGAGGUACCAGAAGAGCCCAGUUCGGGAGUUCGGCGCAAGGACUGUUGGUGGCCUUUCGCGAACGGAGAGAACUGCACCUACUUCUGUGUGAGAGGCCACUCUGAGGUGUCCGGAGACUCCACUGUCACCUGUAGGGACGGAGCCUGGUCCGGAACACCGCUCACCUGCGAGUACACUGGAUGCGAGCGGCCACCUCUCACCAGUGGAAGCUGGAGCCCGGUUUGCUGGUGGCCGUACGAGAACGGGAAGGAAUGCACCUAUACGUGCAGGGAUGGGCAUUCUCCGGUGUCCGGAAACUCGACGAUCACCUGUGUUGACGGUGCCUGGUCUGGGAUCCCGCUGGAGUGCAUACGUACCGCUCCCGGUUGUAACCCUCCCCCGGUUGGUCGCCGUUAUGGCACCUGGGGACCCAGACGCUGCCGCUCGCCGUACGAGGAAGGAGAAACGUGUACUCUGAGCUGCCUCCGCGGGUAUCAGCAGGAGUCCGGGGACACCUCCACCACCUGUACCGGCGGACAGUGGACAGGAGAACCGCUGGUCUGCACCCGCCGCGGCCGGCAAACUACCGACGGCUAGUUUUGGGGUCGGCGCUAAGAUUUCUAUCGGACAAAGCUUGGAGCCAGCAAUGUCGCAUCAUCUUGUAUUUUGAAUUUUUCAAAUAUUGUGUUAAUUCGGUCAUCAAUAUAAUUUUUUUUUCAAAACUCUGUGUGAAUUACCUGUGACUGCAAUAUAACAUUGGGCGCCAGGGGAAGCCGUUUGAUGGGCUUUGCAGUGAAUGAACAAAACUUAGGAGUUUUAACUAGUAGUUUCAGUUACACCGUCUUCUGAAACAAUACAACCUACCUUAUGAUGAGGAAACAAUGAUAACGGAUGUAUUGUUUAUUAUACCGUGUUCUGCGCAUUAUUCAUAUUAUAAUGCAUAUGACAAUGUAUCCAUGUGAAGUCGGCAUUCUGCUUAUACAUACAGAUGCCAAAGUUAUCAAUUGAACAUUAGAUGUAUUUCAUGUCAGACACAUAUAUGUAUGAUAACGUGGUUAUGUUUUUGGUGUACUUUCGUGACAUUUAUUGAAUCAUCAUAAUCAGGUUCAUAUAUUCAUUUAACACUAGAAUAUCUAAACAAUGCCGUAGAUUAGCCAGCAAGAGUUUCUGCUCACGGCAGCACCCAUUUUAACUUCACAUCUGCACUGAUACCCCAAAGUGUUUGUAUUUAACCAUGUACAUUUACUAUACAUACAUAUUAUGUAACGUUCUAUAUAUGAUAACCUAGUACUGCACAACAGGUUUGUGGCCUAUUCAUACAGAUAUUGAAACAGGUCACAUGUCGUAGUUUACAGACGAUUCUAAUAUGUUAAAACCAGAUCAUCCACUGCAUGAUCCUGUGCCUCCUCAAAGACGCACCGCCACUGGCAGACAACUGAGGAACAAUAAUGCGUUCACUCUUCCCAAGGCCAGAACUGAACGACU